CCAUCAAGGGGUAAGACCAGCCACACAUAUCUUACAUCUUCAACAUCACUUCAGCAAGAAAAUGGGAACUGAAGCCAAAAAGCUUCACAUGCUCUUCUUCCCUUUCAUGGCGCAAGGCCACAUGCCUCCCAUGAUCAACAUGGCCAAGCUCUUCGCCGCCCAUGGCGCCCGCAUCACCAUUCUCACCACGCCUGUCAAUGCCGCCAACAUCCGCCCCACCAUCGACGACUCCAUCCAUAUCCACAUCAUCCCCUUCCCCUCCGCAGACUUCGGCCUCCCCGACGGGUGCGAAAACGACUCCCUCCUCAUCAACGAUGACCAACGCAUCAGCUUUUUCAGAGCCGUCGCUUCUCUCCGCCACCAUUUUGAUGCUUCGCUCCAAGACUUGCGUCCUGAUUGCGUCGUCACCAGCAUGUUCUUGCCUUGGACUUACCAUGUUGCAUCCGCGCGAGGUGUUCCGCGGCUUGUCUUCAGCGGCGCUGGCAACUUUGCAGCUUGUGCCUUCAUUGCUUUCCAUCGGUGUCGUCACGUAUUGGAGGACAAGGUUGAGUCUUUCAUUCUCCCCGGCCUCCCACACCAAAUCGAGAUGUUAAGAACUCAAGUCGUGGAUGUAAAAAAGUUAGCAGGAACCUCCUUUGAGUUCUUGUUGGAGAUGCUUAAUGAAGCCUUGGAGUUGGAACCGAAGAAUUAUGGCACGUUGUCGAACAGCUUCUACGAGCUAGAGCCUGAAUAUGCUGACCACUAUCGCAAAGAGGUAGGGAGGGCGUGGAACGUCGGCCCUGCUUCUCUCUACAAGGAGGCGGACAACAAGACUUCAAAAGAUGGGGAGCAGCCGGCCUCCGCUGACGAGUGUUUAAAAUGGCUGGAUAAAAAACCAGCAGGCUCAAUCGUGUACAUGUGCUUUGGCAGCGGUAGUAGUUUCUCGGCAGAGCAGCUGAGAGAAAUGGCGCUCGGGCUCGAAGCCGCAGGGCAUCCCUUUGUUUGGGUGGUGAAGGACGAAGGUCACCAGUGGGUUCCGGAUGGAUUUGAGAAGAGAACUCAAGGGACGGGAUUGGUGAUAAGAGGAUGGGCGCCACAAGUGCUGAUACUGAAUCAUGCUGCAGUUGGGGGAUUUGUGACUCAUUGUGGGUGGAAUUCGACCUUAGAGGGGAUUAGUGCGGGGUUACCCAUGGUGACAUGGCCGUUGAAUGCAGAUCAAUUCUAUAAUGAGUAGUUUUUGGUGGAGGUUGUUAAGGUUGGG